AUGCUGAGUGCACUCACCAACGACCAAGACGACACAUACCAGCCACUAUCACCCAAUAAUACCGACAAAAAUAACAUCAACAGCAUGUCGCAUCAUCGCCUCGCACACCUCGAAGCAGCACUUGGAAGCUCAACACUUACUAAAAUCUCAUCUGCUCGAGUCCUAAUGGUUGGAGCUGGUGGAAUUGGAUGCGAAUUAUUGAAGAAUUUAGUGCUGAGUGGGUUUGGAGAUAUUGAGAUUGUGGAUCUAGAUACAAUCGAUCUUUCAAAUCUGAAUCGCCAAUUCUUGUUUCAGAAACAUCAUAUAUCAAAGAGUAAAGCUCAGGUCGCACGAGAAUCAGCCCUCAAAUUCAACCCAUCAGUCACAAUCAAAGCGCACCAUGCAAACAUUAUGGAUGCUCAGUUUGAUAUCAAGUGGUUUAAAUCCUUUGAUAUUGUUAUGAAUGCGCUGGAUAACAAGGCGGCACGAUCAUAUGUGAAUAUGAUGUGUCUCGCAUCAAACAGGAUAUUGAUUGAAAGUGGGACUGCUGGGUAUUUGGGGCAGGUUACUGUGCACAAGAAGGGAGUAACAGAAUGCUGGGAUUGUGAAGCCAAACCAGUACAAAAGACGUUCCCUGUUUGUACUAUACGAUCAACGCCAUCAGCGCCUAUACAUUGUAUUGUGUGGGGGAAGAGUUAUCUCUUUACACAACUAUUUGGACGUGAAGAGAUGGAAGAUAGUAUUGACUCAAAGGAAGAUGCUGAAAACAGCAAGGAGAUCGAAACCCUCAAAAAGGAAGCUUCAGCACUAAAAAGGUUAAAAGCGUCUGCUGGAAGCCCUGAAUACGCAGAGAGUGUCUUCAAGAAGGUCUUUACACAAGACAUUGAACGACUCAUCAGCAUGGACGAUAUGUGGAAGUCACGUAAACCACCCACACCACUCAAAUUCGAAGAGAUUGUGGCUAGCAGCGGCGAGAUGGAUGUACGUGAUGCUGCACCAAGGGCUGGGUUGGAACGGGAUCAGAACGUGUGGAGUUUGGUUGAGAAUGUUGCUGUGUUUAUGCAAAGUCUGGAUAAACUGGCUACACGAUGUAUAGAAGACCAAAAGGCUGAUCCAGAAGCAACCAUCGCAUUCGACAAGGAUGAUGAUGAUGCUCUGGAUUUCGUUACUGCUAUAUGUAAUCUGAGAGCUAUAAUAUAUGGAAUUGAACCGCAGAGUCGGUUCAAAGUGAAGGAGUUGGCUGGCAACAUCAUACCAGCUAUUGCUACCACGAAUGCUAUUAUUGCUGGAGCUAUUGUGUUGAAGGCCUUUCAAGUGUUGAGUGCUGGAAAUAUAUCGGCUUGUAAAUAUACAUUCCUUACAUACGCUAAAGAAACAUACAUUGCUCCAAACGCACUACCAAAACCCAAUCCGGAAUGCACAGUUUGCUCGACAACCUACCACAUUCUGAAACUCGACCCAUCCAAAAUAACGUUGGGAUUCCUACUUCAAGACAUUAUCAGUGCCGAUAAGCCUGGAUUAGGGAUGGCAGGAAAAGGAGAAAUCAGUAUUCAAGAGAAUGGAAGGCUGUUAUAUGACGUAGAUUUCGACGAUAAUGUGGAUACGAGUCUUGAGGGGUUGGGUAUUAAAGGUGGUAAAUUGGUGUCGGUUGUGUGUGAUGGUGAAGAUGAGGAGGGAGAGUAUCAGAUUUCGGUUUCCCUUAUGGUGGAUGCAACUCUACAAUCAAACUUCGAAGUGCAAGGAAACCGAGACUAUAAUAAACGACGUAAACCGAUUCCAGCUUUGACACAACCUGAUGAAGCUUCAUUGAAACGUAAAGCUGAAGAAGACAAAGCUGCUGAUACCAAGGGCAAGAAACCCAAGGUUGAUGAUGGUGCAGCAUCAAAUCAAGUAACUGAAACUGAAGUUAUCUAUGUCGACGAUGAUGAUACCAUUGUCCUAGAUUGA